ACCACACCUCUUCCCACCCAACCCGCCUCCUCGUCUCUCAUCCCUUCCGCCUCCCUGAUCAGUCGCCAUGGCCAUCUCGAAGGCUCCCAUCGCCCAAGUCGUCCUUCUUGGAUUCAUCUGCUUCGGUUGCCCCGGCAUGUUCAAUGCCGUCAACUCCCUCGGUGCUGGUGGUGGUACUGACCCCACCACUGGCAGUAACGCCAACGCCGCCCUCUACACCACCUUUGCCCUCUUUGGUCUCUUUGGUGGUGCCAUCAACAACAUCCUCGGUCCCCGCAUCCAGAUGUUCGUUGGUGGCCUGACCUACUCUCUCUACAUUGGUGCUUCCCUCAACAACGAUGUCUCUGGUGGUGCCGCUGGACCCGCUGGUGCCAAGGCUUUCUUCAUCAUUGCUGGUGCCAUUCUCGGUGUUGGUGCUGGUCUCCUGUGGUCUUCCCAGGGUGCUCUCAUCAUGGCCUACCCCACUGAGGAGAAGAAGGCCACCUACUUUGCCGUCUUCUGGAUCAUCUUCAACCUUGGCUCCGUCUUUGGCAACACUGUCGGUCUGAUCCUCAACUUCAACAACCCCGAUGUUGCCAUCUCCAACGGCACUUUCGGCGCCUUCAUUGGCAUUACCGUCCUUGGUGCCUCUUGCGCUCUCCUCCUUGCUGACCCCAAGACCGUCGUCCGUGCUGAUGGCACCCCCGUCGAGGUCAUCACCCAGGGCAACAUUCUCGCCGAGGCCAUCGAGGUGCUCAAGCUCUUUGGCAACUGGCGCCUGCUCCUCAUGGCUCCCUGUUUCAUCGCCUCGAACUACUUUUAUCCCUACCAAUAUGGCAUGAUCAACGGCCACUUCUACAACGUCCGCUCUGGUUCGUUCAACGCCAUCUUCUACUGGGCUUUCCAGGCUCUUGGAUCCUAUGUCAUCUCCAAGUUCCUUGACAACGAGAAGUGGUCUCGCCACACUCGCUCCCGUGUCGGCCUCGCUAUCGUCUUCAUUGGCAACGCUGCGCUCUGGAUCGGUGCCAUCGUCUACCAGCAGACCGCCUUCAACGAUGUUGCUCCCGGCACUCCCCUCGGCAAGACCCGUGUUGAUCUGUUCGGUACCCCCGGCCAGACCCACCCCGCCAUGUGGGGCAUCACCAUCAUGUACAUUCUGAUGGCUGCCCUCGACGCCAUGUUCCAGUCCUAUGCCUACUGGAUCAUGGGUGCCCUCACCAACGACUACGCCACCCUGUCCCGCUACGGUGGUUUCUACAAGGGUCUCCAGUCUCUCGGUGCUGCCGUUUCCUGGAUCGUUGGCGGUGUUGUUGGUGCCUCUGCCUGGACCCAGCUUAUCAUCACCGUCGUCCUCGUCAUUGGCUCUCUCCCCAUUGCCUAUGCCACCGUCAACUCCGUCAAGGACACCUCCAAGGCUGAUGACGAGGCUUCCAAGGCUGCCGCCAAGGCUUAAAAUGAAUUUGGCUGAAUGUCCUGUUCCACGCAGCUGCCAUCAAGCCCCAUAAAAAGCAAUUCUCAUCGGUCUUGUCAUGUUGCGUCGUCCUCAAGCAACCAAGGCCGUUCUCUCUUUCCCCCCACCUCCAAGCUCCUUCCUACUUUGUCAAAUCUAAUGUGUCGAUCGAUAUUGGGUGCCACGAGUAACAAAGCAAAUCUUCUAUGAUGAUCCCAAUAUAUCUGUUAUGUAG